UAGAAGAACAAGGCGCCCAAGGCGCCCCCAAGCAGGUCACUAUCCUAUCGCCGUUAAGCGAUGAAUAUCCCUUCACAACAAGAUCACCAAGCUGCAGAGGGCCUUGCAAGCUUGGGAAAUAACUUUGGUGACAUGGAUCGGUACCAAGGUGAUAUGACUCCUCAACAAUAUCACUCCCCGGGUAGCCCUGCACCCAAGAACGUCGCCUUUGAGCUUCUUCUCGAUGAGAACUCAAAGAUUCGAGCCAGAAUUCCAAUGCGAGUUCAAAUCUUCCCUCAUGAUACGACUGACUCCAUUGUGACCACGGUCAAAAAUUUUUAUGGUAUCUAUGAUGGCGUCGCUAGUGGAGUGAGUUUUGAAGAUGAGCACGGCACAACCCUCAUUGCGAGGUAUGAAAACUUGAGAAACAAUAUGACUGUCUAUGUCCGAGUGAUACCCGUUCAUAGCUAUGCCGACAGCUACGAGCCACACUAUCACGGCAUGACUACAAUGGAUGGUCGCAAGCGACCAAGUCUUGGAGAACCCUUUCAAAUGGUCCCAACCACAGGCCAAGGGCACCUUUAUGGCUCUUCAUCAUCCCGUCCAUUAUCACGCACCAGAAGACCUAGCACUUCUCCAUCUGGAAGAGGCCGGCGCAGUGCUUCACAACACAAGGGCUCUACGAGAAACGGAGUAAAGAGUCGAGGGUCGAGUGCACAUGGCAGUUUCGCUGAAGAUCCGAUAUCCGGAUAUAGCGACAGCGAGGGCGGCCAUGGCUCUAUUAGUGGCUCUAGAAAAGCUCGGAGUGAACAAUUCGCAAGUUCCGAGAUCAGCAUGGACAACAUUGUUCAAGAAAGCCGUCGCAAGAAGCCCAAAUUUGAGAGCUCGGAAUUACCUCUUUUUGCUCCUCCACAAGUUCCAUUGACCACUUCUACAUCCUCUAUAUCUCCGCAACGACGAUCGAUUGGUAACGAUGGCGAACCAUCCCCAUUCGCUCGACCUACGCACCGUCCUUUGAAUAACAAACAUCCGUUGCCAUCCCCUCAGAGUUACGGAUAUAGCGAACACGGAUAUGGGAACGGGUCAGCAAAAAGCUCCCUCUACUCUAAUGGGGUCUUCACAGAUAAUGGACAUCGCUCGCGCCUCUCUGGCAGCUCAGUUCCAGGUUCUGCGAACCGCCAAACAGCAUCCGGAAUACUCCCAACGCCAGAUCCAACUAUUGCCAGCUGCAUAUCAGACGAGGAUGUGGCAUUGCAAUUGAUCCGUCUUGGAGACGCCUCAAACUUUUCCCAUGGUCGCAACUCUACUUCCACAUUGGAUGAUGCCUUCAGCGGUGCAGCCGAUGCAUCUUCAACAGGUGCGACAAGCGACGGGGAUUUCAGCGAUAAUGAAGAUGACCAGGAGCUCCCACCCCGAUCGAGGCAACGUGUGGAGUCUAGUCCAUUACUACCACCUGGUCAUGUUAAACAGAGCUACAAGCGAUUAGAUGAUAUACUCCCAAGUUACGAUAGCACCGAUGCCAGCGCCGAUGAAGGUGAAGAAUACCACCAAACCAGCGACCCUGUCAAGGACGAGUACCAUGAUGACGACUACGAGGGUGCCGAUGCUCCCCGCGCAAAGAAACAGAAGGUCAAAUCAGAUAGUGUUUCCUCGAGCAAGAGCCGCGCUACAAAAUCAGCUCCCGCCAAACCUACAAAGAAUGGAAAAGCUCGUCCUGUUGCUCGUAAGUCUAAAUCAAGUCUUCCUUCAGCGACUGGCCCGAAGACCGAGACAGCACUACAAACUUUGAGUCCUGCACCAUCACGAAAGACAUCUGGAUCCGGUGUCAAUUUCCAACAUCAACUUGCUGCAGAUGAGGAAGAUCUAUCCACAAAGCCUCGUUGUCAACGUUGCCGCAAGAGCAAGAAGGGUUGUGACCGUCAACGACCGUGCGGCAGGUGUAAAGAUGCAGGUAUUGGUCUGGAAGGUUGUAUCAGCGAAGACGAAGGAAACGGACGGAAAGGUCGUUAUGGCCGACAUAUGGGUGUUCCCAUCAAGAAGACCGUAGAGCCUGGAGCAGUGAUCGAUGCAGUUGGAUUGCCUACUCCAGCGACUCCUGCAGAAUCUGUCGCAUCAGGCGACAAAAAUAAAAAGCGGAAGCGGUGAUCAUACUCUCAUUGCUCCAUAUUUUCAUCGCUUGUCUAUUCUUCCUGAAUUGAUUGCUGCAAGGAGUUGAGCGUCUCUAUUCAUUAGAUUUAAUUUAUUGUACCCUACAUCACUAUGGGCCCACCAUAUCCUUCUGGCAAUAUCUUCCUGCUACAGGUAUUGCAUCCAAUCUUUCCUCAUUGCAUCGCAUCGCUUGCAUCUCACCACUGUCGUCACUCUUCGUUCCAUCGCUCAUACGAAUACCACUCGCUUGACUCGCCUUUAAAGCUCGACUACUGCCUAUUGAGCUUAUGGGCACACCUACUCAUUCCUUUCAUUUUCUCUGUGAUUAUUUCCAGGGACGGCAAUCGCCUGCUGUCUCACAUCGAAUAUCUACACCGGCGCUACAUCGUCUCUUUCGACUUGGCUGUUACCUUUAUCUGCUCUUCGUGUUGAUCUUGGUAGCUCUGUGUGGAUGUUCCUUUCUAGUCAUUUUCUCUCUUUUCAUCAUAUUGAUUUCUGUUUGUGCUGGUUGUCGCGCUCAUAUUUUACUGGGGAAUUUUGUCGACCACCGUGCAAAUCAAGGCCCUAUUUGCACCGGAUCAUGGUCGAAGGAGAGGAUGGUCAUAUCAGUAUUAACAUGUAUUCAGUGCUAUUCCUCUUUUCAUCUCUGGACUAUGUUAUUACCUAGCUCAAAAUAGUAGUUAUUGACUUU